GGGUGAUGGGGUAGGUAUUGGUGGGGGCAGGAGAGUGUCCUGGCUAUAGUGGUCAGGUAAGUAAUACUGAGAGCCGUUGGCUGGGGUGUAGCUCUAGGGGGGGUGAGUGAUUCUCAGGGCCUCCCCAUCUCUGUCUCUCUCCCCACAGAUGCCCCGUCACUGCUCUGCUACCGGCUGCUGCACCCGGGACACCCGCGAGACCCGCAAUCGAGGCAUCUCCUUCCAUCGGCUGCCUAAGAAGGACAACCCGCGGCGCAGCGUGUGGCUGGAGAACUGUCAGCGCAAGGACCCGAGUGGCCAGGGCCCCUGGAAUCCAGCCUCUGACUACAUCUACUUCUGCUCCAAGCACUUCGAGAAGAGCUGCUUCGAGAUGGUGGGGAUCAGCGGCUACCACCGGCUCAAGGAGGGGGCCGUCCCCACCGUCUUCGAGUCCUUCUCCAAAGCGCGCCGGGCGGCGAAGGUGAGGGCUCCCCGGCAGAAGGGUGAUGACCCCAAGGCUGCCAGGGCCUGGAGGAGGUGGAGACGCGAUCCAGGCCGAGGGGAGCAGGAUGCCCCAGCCAGCGCGGAGGUCUCAUGCUUCCCGGAGGAGGAGGAGUCUGAGUUGGCCACGCCCGCGGCUGCCCCCACCACUGAGCACCGCAGCCUGCCCGGGCCCCUCCCCCAGGGGGUGGAGCUAGAGGAUCAGCACGACGUCAUCCUGGCCAGCCUGUCGGACAUCCUCCUGGAGUACCCAGCCGUGGCCACGGGGCAGGAGGCGGCCACGGGGCAGGAGGCGGCCACAGCCACGCCGGCGCUCCCGGAGACAGACACCCCCACGCUCCCAGAGACAGAUGGUCCCUCAGAGGCCCCCACGUCGCCCGCCCCGGAGCCGCCCCGUCCCGUCUCCCCGUCUUUCUACAUGCUGCGUCUGCCGCCCCCGGCCGGCGCCUACAUCCAGAGCGAGCACAGCUACCAGGUGGGCAGCGCCCUGCUGUGGAAGCGGCGCGCGGAGGCAGCCCUGGAGGCCCUGGACCGGGUCCAGCGGCAGCUGCAGGCCUGCAAGCGGCGAGAACAGCGGCUGCGGUUGCGCAUCUGCGAGCUGCAGCGGGAGCGGCGGGUGGCCCCGGACAUGCGGCGCCAGCUCAAGGAGCACCUCCAGGUCUUUGAGCUGCAGCUGCUGCGUGAGCUGGAGUGAGCCACAGGACUGCGCGCAGGUGGCGUCUGUGUGUAGGGCGGGGGGGCUUCGCUCCACCCCAGAGGGAUUGCAUGGGACUCGGGCCUCUGCCCGGGCACGAGGCCCUGGGCUCUGUGGCUCGGCCACGGGCUGAGCUCAGUCCCUGCCCACAGAAAGUGGCAGGCCAGGGCUGGAGACGCAAACCUGGUGACAGCACUUCUCUGCCCCCCACUCCUGCCCCGACCUUUGCCUCUGUGCCAGGGAGGCGGAUUGAUGGGGGUUGUAAAUAAAGGUCUUGUUUUAUAUGGG